AUGAAUAGAGAUAAUACAAUUUAAUACAGAUCUCCAUAAUAAUUACCAUCUUCAAAAAAACCUAAUAUUGAAAAUUGUCCACCAUAAAGAAAUACAAAUGAAUUUAUUAAAUAAAUGAAAAAAAGAAUAGAUCAACCUCCUCUAAGUGUUGUAAUCUAAAACUCUUAAGUCUAAGAUGCAUAAUCAAUUUUUAUAGAUGUUUCUAGAAUUGAACAAUAAUCCAAUAACUCAAAUAACAGUUUUUUUGACCCAUUAAAAUAACCAAUAUUAUGUCAUAGGUCUAAUUAACCUUCAAAUUGUACAACUUAAAGAACAAAUAGAUAUGAUUUUUAAACAAAUAGUAAACCCUAUUUAGAUUAAACUGAUAAUAUGGGAAUGCUUUUUAUUUAACAAUAAAUGCUAUAAUUGUAAAACAAAAAUAUGAUUUUAAAACAACAAUUAGAAAAAUAAGAAAGUUAAAGAUUAUUUUUUUAACAAUAAAUGCUUUAGUAAUUUUAGUCAACAUAAUAAUAAUAGUAAUAACCUAUUGUUAUUAAUAAUAAUAUAACCUCAAAUGAAAAAUAAUAAUCAAAAUCUAUUCCUCUAUAAAAUAAUUUGGAAGAAUCUUAUUCUCCACCAAAAAAGAUUUAAUGCAAAAAACAAUAAUCUUAAGCUAUAUAGACAGAUAAGUCUGCUUAAGAUUAAUCAAUUAUUCACAUUAAUGAUUCUUACUAAAAUGAGUCUUAAUUAUGUAAUAAUAAUUCAAUAUAAAUUAAAUAAUAACAAUAAAUAAAAUCUUUUUAAUAAUAAAAGACAGGGAUUGAAUCUUUAACUUUUGGGACAUAAUAAUCUCAAAGAAGUUUAAUUAUCUAACAAUCAUAAUAAGAGUUGAAAAUAUAAAAUUAUGAAUCAUAGAACCAGAAUUAAUAAAGUGAUUAAAAUCAUAUAGAAUUUUAAAAAGAAAUUGAAUAAAAUGAUGUUUAAAUUUAAAAUUUCAAAGAUAUCUAAAUUUAAAGAAAACAUUCUUAAAUAGAUUUAAUAAAUUCCUCUUCUUUGUAAGAAUAAACUUAUAACAUUAAUAAAAAAGAAUUAAUACGUAAAUAAUCUUAACCAAGUGUAAAAUUAGAAUUUAAUUUUGAAGAUGAAAAAAAUGAAUAAAGUAAAAAAUCUCUUGCAGAUUAUUUCUCAUAAAGAAAGAAAACAGUUAAUGUUGAAAGAAGAGUUUCAGUUUAGAUGCCAAUAUAAGAGGAAGAUUAGAGUUGGAUUGUAAAUGUUAAAUAAAGAAGUAAAGAAGAAUAAAUCAAAUUAAGAAAGGAAAUGAUGGAAUAUGGAAGAAAUAAAAGAUAAUAAAAUAAAAGUUAAACACCAAUAAUUGAAGAUUAAAGUAGUGCAAAAAAAGAAUAAAUUAAAAGAAUGAAAAGUCCAUUAAUGGAAAGAUUAGCUUUAGGAUAAAAAGCAAAAGUAAUUAUGAACUUAUUUAGGUUGAAGAAAAGGAAAUGUUUGCAUUAACGAGAAAAAAUUAUGAAAAUUUGCCAGAAGUAAAAAAUAAAAAGAAUUAAGAAGAAAUAAAUAAAUAAAAAUAAUAGUUUAUGAAAGAUAGAUAAAAUAAAUUAAAAGAAUUAGAUGAUGUAAAAUAUUCUUUAAUUUUAGAAAAUUAAAGAGAAAAUGAAAAAGCCAUGA